AUGGAAGAGAUGGAAGAGGAGCUCAAAUGCCCGGUGUGCGGCUCCUUCUACCGGGAACCAUUAAUCCUACCCUGUUCACACAACCUGUGCCAGGCGUGUGCCCGAAACAUCCUGGUGCAGACGCCAGAGACGGAGUCACCUCAGAGCCGACGUGCCUCAGGGUCGGCUGGCUCCUCAUCCGACUAUGACUACCUGGACCUGGACAAGAUGAGCCUGUACAGUGAGGCAGACAGCGGCUAUGGCUCAUACGGCGGCUUUGCCAGUGCGCCCACUACACCAUGUCAGAAGUCACCCAAUGGCGUGCGUGUCUUCCCUCCAACUGUCCCGCCAGCUGCACAUCUCCCACCGGCUUCAGCUGCUGCCUCGUUGGCACCAGUGCCACGCAAUUCCUGCCUCACUUGCCCGCAGUGCCAUCGCAGCCUAAUUCUGGAUGAGCGGGGCCUGCGUGGUUUCCCCAAGAAUCGCGUCUUGGAGGGUGUCAUUGAUCGCUACCAGCAAAGCAAGGCAGCUGCUCUGCGCUGCCAACUGUGUGAGAAGGCACCCAAGGAGGCCACAGUCAUGUGUGAACAGUGCGACGUCUUCUACUGUGACCCAUGCCGGCUGCGCUGCCAUCCGCCACGGGGCCCCCUGGCUAAGCACCGCCUGGUGCCUCCAGCUCAGGGCCGGGUCAGCCGGAGGCUCAGCCCACGCAAGAUCUCCACUUGCACUGACCAUGAGCUAGAGAAUCACAGCAUGUACUGUGUGCAGUGCAAGAUACCUGUCUGUUACCAGUGUCUGGAGGAAGGCAAGCAUUCCAGUCAUGAGGUGAAGGCGCUGGGCGCCAUGUGGAAACUCCAUAAGAGCCAGCUGUCCCAGGCCCUAAAUGGACUUUCAGACAGAGCAAAAGAAGCCAAAGAAUUCUUGGUACAGCUACGCAACAUGGUGCAGCAAAUCCAGGAGAACAGUGUGGAGUUUGAAGCUUGCCUGGUUGCCCAGUGUGAUGCGCUUAUUGAUGCUCUCAACAGACGGAAAGCCCAGCUGUUGUCACGGGUCAACAAAGAACAUGAGCACAAACUGAAGGUGGUACGUGAUCAGAUCUCUCACUGCACAGUGAAACUGCGCCAGACAACUGGGCUGAUGGAAUACUGUUUGGAGGUCAUCAAAGAGAAUGACCCCAGUGGAUUUUUGCAGAUUUCUGACGCACUGAUACGAAGAGUGCACCUGACUGAAGAUCAGUGGGGGAAAGGGACACUCUCUCCAAGGAUGACCACAGACUUUGACCUCAACCUUGAUAGUGCCCCUUUGUUGCAGUCCAUCCACCAACUCGACUUCAUGCAGAUGAAAUUGCCAGCCCCCCCAAUCCUUCAACUGGAAGAAUGUUGCACCCAUAACAACAGUGCCACGUUGUCAUGGAAACAGCCACCUCUGUCCACAGUGCAGGUGGAAGGAUACAUCUUGGAGCUGGAUGAUGGGAAUGGUGGUCAGUUCAGGGAGGUUUACGUUGGGAAGGAGACAAUGUGCACUGUGGAUGGUCUGCACUUCAACAGCACCUACAGUGCUCGAGUCAAGGCCUUCAACAAGACAGGGGUCAGCCUGUACAGCAAGACAUUGGUCCUGCAGACUUCAGAGGACUCCGAACCCGAGGAGCAGGCCCUGACCUUCCCAGUGCCUUUGGAAAGGCUGCCACUGCGUAGAUCAAGUCCUUUCUCUUCCACCCUUAACCUGCAAAACAGCUUUCCGGGGAGAUCCUACUUUGAGCUAAGAUCCUCGUCCCACCAAAUGAGUUUGCACUCCUCUUUACAAUCUCUGAAUUCGGCCGGCUGUAGUUUUGAGGCUCAGUCAGGACCUUUCUCCCAAUUAGUUGAUAUUAAAAAAAUGGUAGCAGUGGCUUGGUUUUCGUUUGACCCCAGCACUGCUCACUCCGACAUCAUCUUCUCCAAUGACAACCUGACAGUUACCUGCAACAGCUACGAUGACCGAGUUGUGUUGGGCAAAACUGGCUUCUCAAAGGGGCUCCAUUACUGGGAGUUAUCCAUCGAUCGCUAUGACAACCACCCAGAUCCAGCUUUUGGGGUUGCCCGGAUGGAUGUUCUCAAGGACGUCAUGCUAGGGAAAGAUGACAAGGCUUGGGCCAUGUAUGUGGAUAAUAACCGGAGCUGGUUCAUGCAUAACAACUCACAUACCAACAGGACUGAAGGAGGUAUCACCAAAGGUGCUACUGUAGGCAUCUUGCUUGAUUUGACCAGGAGAACCUUGACCUUCUCUAUCAAUGAAGAUCAGCAAGGACCAGUGGCCUUUGAGAACCUGGAGGGCAUAUUCUUUCCUGCUGUCAGUCUCAACCGGAAUGUGCAAGUAACACUUCACACUGGCCUGCCAGUCCCAGACUUCUAUAAUGCACGGGGAUCCUUGCAGUAA